UGUUUGUCUAUUGAAGGAAUAGUGUUGAUCGGUGGUCACUUGUAAAAGCAUUUCUACGUUCAAAGUGUGCAUUAAUACAUGUUGAGAUAUUUUAGAAAUUCUCAUUCAUACCAUAUAUGUUGCCUUUGUAUGAAUUUUCUGGUCCAUCAAUUUAAGGCGCUGAUGAUGAUUUUCCUGCCUCAAAUCAAAAUAGAAAUCUGAGAGGUAGCAACAUUCCAGAAAGUGGAAAAUCUGUAGGUUCUCUCAACAUCCCGAAAUUCACAGUGACAUGGAAGCUCAGAUUCACCAGCUCGAGCAGGAAGCAUACUCUUCUGUCCUACGUGCUUUUAAAGCUCAGUCCGAUGCUCUUACUUGGGAGAAAGAAGGCUUGAUAACUGAGCUUAGAAAAGAAUUGAGAGUUUCAGAUGAUGAGCACAGAGAGCUUCUCACAAGGGUUAAUGCUGAUGAAAUUAUCCGGCGCAUACGGGAAUGGAGACAAACUGGUUGUUAUCAACCUGCAAGGCGCAGCAAUUCUCUACCUGUUUAUGACUUUUUACCCAGUCCAACAGUUUCAGCUUCCCAUAAGAAACAGAAGACGUCCCAAUCGGGUCAAUCAUUUCCUAGCUUGCCUUUGGUGAAGUCUAUGCAUUAUCCUUCUUCAGGGUCUGCUGGAGGUAGGCACUUCAUUAAUCGCAGUUCUUCUAGUGUCCUUGCAUCUAAUGCACCUGCUGAAGUGGCAACUUUUGAUCCAUACAUUGGAAAGAAGGUUUGGACUAGAUGGCCUGAAGACAAUCACUUUUAUGAGGCUGUCAUAACAGACUAUAAUGCUGCCGAGAUCUCACCUGAGGAUAUACAAUGGGAAGAUCAAGAUCCAGCCAUGACCCAUAGAGGCAGGCAUAGUGGGCAAGGUCGUGGAGUCAAGAAAUACCAUAGCCGUUGUGGUAAUACUGUGGCUGCUGGAAGAGGGAGAGGACAUCCUAGGGUUCAUCCCGGAAAAGAGUUUCUCCCACCACAGGAUGUUAUUGGAAACAGAGUUUUAGAUGAUGUUGAAUUGCCGGACACAGAUUUACUGGUUGAGGAGGUGGAGAGGGUUAUAGCUGAGAGUGACCCAGAUCCUACGGAACUGGAGAGGGCAAAGGAAAUGCUGAAAGUACUGUUGCUGACCACUUUGAAGUUCAAUUCAGAACUUGUUCCCAUGUUAGUAUUCACUCCUGAUUGUUGCCUGUGCAGGAGCAUGAACAAGCCCUUGUGGACGCAAUUGCAAAGCUAGCAGAUGCAUCUGAUGGUGAAAGUGGUGAUAUAUAGAUGGCUUCAUUAUGUUGCUGCUCCUUCUGGGGGAGAAAAUCAGAAAUUUAUUGUACUGCCAUAACAAAAUACUUUGGUAACUUUAUCAUUUAGCUAAGAACCUAGAAAGGGGGGAGGGAAUGUUUGGAAAAUCAUGUGUGGACGCUCUGAUUCGAGUGCAU